CACUUCUGUUCUUCACAAAGGCGUUUCGCGCUUCUCCUCCCGAUAGAAGAUAGCGUGCUCUCGUCUUGCCGCCCGCCCGGCAGGGGCGCUGCCUCAGCGUCGCCUGCUGAAAAAAAACUGUCUCCUGAGCACAGAGGUCUCCUCUGUCAAGACCUGCUGUGGCACCUCCACUUUCUCUCCAUUUGACCUCAGAAUCGAGAAUGCAACGUCAGCACAGACGCAGGCAUGUCUCGUAUCGAACUCAACCUUGUGCGGGGUAGCCCCCCUCCUGUGUGGGUGCUUGGAAAUCGGCAACUUCCUGAAAGGCCGUAAAGCGAUUCAAGUCAACGCGAUUUCAUCUCCCCAUACAUCUGUACACGCCUAUAUAAAUGCUUAUAUAUAUAAAUAUAUGUACAAAUAUGCAAAUACAUAGUAUAUGUAGGGAUACUGAAUGGAGAUUUAUGUGCAGCUGUGUAUCUAUGGAGGCGCGGGAGCUUUACAGUCUGGCUUUCUGGAGCAGAAGGAGAAGCAGACAUGAGAGAGGAGAGGGAGGAGAAAGUAAAGUGAAGAGCCGUGUUUGAUAGGUCGUGGAGUCUGGAUUAAAAGGAGACUCAGAGUCUUCAAGAAAAUGCAGCCGUGGAAAUCAGCAUCUUUCCGCGCUGGCCAUGGAGGAGGACUUUGAUUUGGAAGACGUCUUCAAUGACGAGGGCAAGGAGCUGCAUGCGAAGCAAAGGCCCGAGGCUCGCAUUUCGCCCUCUUCAAAGCUCUCGCGAGACACUCCAGGCUGGGUUGCUUCUCUCUCGCGCUGUGGAGAGAAAUCGAUUUUCUCGGAUGCCACGCGAACUGCAUGCGUCCCGCCUGCUUCCCCCGGCGUACCUUCCUGUUUUGCCGGGAAGACGUAUUUUCAAGCAGGCUCUGCUUCAGAGGGCUGUCCCCCGCUCUCUUCUCCUCGCCCCAGUCAAGAAACUUGCUUCUCUUCGUCCCUGCCUCGACAGUGUCACCAGUCUCUUCCAACCUCUGCUUCUCAGGGAGGAGACAAGCCGCACCGCAUCUGGCCCUCUGCGUUUCUGUCGAGCAAACAGAACCCGCAUGGAGCAGAGUCGCGCGGUGUACGUACACCCGAGGGCCCGGCUGAGGCGCGUUUGCAGGUGCCUCAACGGACAUGGGGCAAAUUGUCGGCUUUGAAGUCCGAGAGUGGAGCAGGAAACCCGGCACCGGUUGAACCGCGAGCUUGGGGAGACUCGCUCUCGCUCUCUUUGGGGAAGCCUGCGGAAGUCUCGAAGGCGCCAGAUAAUCAAAAAGACCGCGCAGACAGUCGAAGGCCACCGCCUCGACUGCCUGCUGGUAGGCCGGGCGGAGGGAGGCUGUGGGCGGAUCUGGGGAAGGGGAGCUUUCUGUGUUCUGGAGCUUCGCAAGAAGGAACCUUCAAAUUCCAGCCAUCUCGCGAUUCUGGCCAUCCGAACGCAUUCGAGGCGGAACCGCCAACGUCUCCUGAGAAAUCCACCUACGCAGUCGCCCAGGAGGUCCCCCUUGCCUCAAGGCCUCGCGACCUCGGGUGUACGUACACCGCGUCUUUGGUCCCGAACGCGGCAAGAGGCCCUUCUCGUCGGGAGUCUCUCGGAACCGAAACGCAGCCGGCGGGUGUCUCCUCUCAGUCGCAGACUGCGCACUUCUGCCCCAGCCGCAACGUUGCUCGAAAGAGCAGUCAGUGGCUUGCCGCGUCCGGUGGACGGAUCCCUCAGGACGACGCUUCAGAGCAUGCUUUAGGGCAAACACGGUCGGCCUCUGGCGCAGGUUUUGCGAGCUCUCCGUUCCAGUCAUUCGCAGAAAGAUUCCCCAGCCAACGCCGCGAGACUCUUGCAAAAACAACGAACGUGGACGCUCCUCCCGUUCCGCGCGCGCGCCUGCGGGGCUGUGGCCUCCAAGUCAAGCCGGAGCUCCGGGGUGUAUGUACUCCCCGGCAGGUGACCCAGGAGAGUCGCGGGCACCAGGCAGAAGACAGAGGACGGGGACAACGCAUCGAAAGAGAAACCAUUGGAAGCGAUUUGUCGAACGCAGAGAAUAGAGGUGGAGGUUUCUGUAAAACAACACGAACGCCGAAACUCGCAGGUCCUGCCGGCGUCCUCCUCCGACGCCGACAGCAAGCCGACCCAGCGAAACGGAUGAAGACAGAGAGUUCUCGUUCUCCGGUCGCGAGCGGGACGCCGCGCAGCGCACAAGGACGCAGCCCGCAACCUUCUCCGGAUCGAGAGGACGUGGAGUGUGUAGACAGCGAAGAAGACUCAGAGCUCGACGGACAGAACCUCGGUCGGAAUGUCGCCUGGAUCAAGGCUCUCUUCUUCGCGUCCUUGCCUCUUGACGAUUUCCACCUGGGACUAACGCCCUUUCCAUCGGAAGCCGCAGACCUCAGCUGCUCCUUCAUGUACAGAGACAACAUUUCUUCCAUUCUCAACCGCGUCGCCCCCGCGGCGUAUAAGGUCCCUCAGCUGAUCGUGUCCAUCAAAACUUCUGUCGCACGCUCUCGAAGCGCCGAAGCAACCGAGGAGAAAGUCGAAGAAGCUUUGCUGCAAGUGACAGACCCCACAGGCGAGAUGCCCGCGGCAGUUCACAGCCGGGCCGUCAGCCUGCACGGCGCGAAUUUCGUCUCUGGCGCUGCCCUCCUUCUUCGAGAUGUCACAGUUUUUCUCUCGAACUGCCGGCUGCCAUGUCUCGCAAUCGUGCAUGCUAACAUUCUACAGAUCUUUCCGCCUGAAGAUUGGACAGCUUCUUUCCAAGCGGCCUUCAGUGUCGAGCGCAACAAGGAGGCCCUGCUGACACGUGUCUCUGACGCCGGUUCAAAAAAGUUUCCGAGGUGCGUGGGACCAAGAAAAACAGCAAAAAAGCCUAAUUAGGCUGCUUGACAAUAUGUUUCUCUCGUCAUCACUUCGAGUGCCAUGAGACCUGCAUGUUUCUACACGGAAGAUAGAAUCGGUUUGGAAAGCCUGAACAUGCGUGGUAAGAGAAGUCCGCAUUACCACGCCUAGAACCUAUGCUUAAAGUGCAUGAAGUUG